AUGUAUAGACACAACUACUCGACUGAAAAAUAUGAAGAUGACAACUUGGAUAGUGUUCUGUGUCUGUUUCAUAAUACUGCUCGGUAUUGCCCAAGCUACUGUGCCAAGCAAUACUUCCGGCACGAUGCUACUGAUCCGUUUGCUGGGGCUCGAAGCGUUGUAGUUGGAAAAAGCACAUCGAACCAGCGCAUUGAGAGGUGGUGGGGUACAUUACGACAAAAUGGAAUACAUUGGUGGAUUAACUUUUUCAAAGACUUACGCGAUACAGGGACGUUUAAUGAGCUGGACGCAAUACAAUGUGAGAACUUAAAAUUUUGCUUUAUGGAUCUCAUACAAACCGAGUUAGACCGGAUUGCACAGCAAUGGAACGUUCAUGAGAUAAGGGAACAAACCAAUUCUUCGGUUAUUGGUGGAAAACCUGACACACUGUUCUUUAUACCAGGUCUGUUUGAAACUCACGACUUCGGUAAUGCAGCGAACUUGAAUGACGUAAAUGUUUGCAAAGACAUGUAUUCGCGUCCAAAAAGACACUGUGAGGAAUUCAAAGAAUUAGCACAUCUUUUGAAGCCAGAUCUACAGAUGCCAUUGGACGCUGAGUCAGCACUACGACUGUAUACUGAGUUGAACAAUUUAAUUUCGAGAAUUGAUUAAACAUAAAUACCCAUUGUACUAAUGAAUAUUGCAUGGGCGUACGUUAUUGAUAAAACUACUUUAAGGGUACUGCAUAUCAGUUUCGAAAAAUGGCGAUUAAAAAUCAGAAAAUU